UGGAAGGAGGAGGAGAGAGGAAGUUCUCCAAAACUUUUUUCCCCCUGAAAGAAGUCUGUGGAAACUCCGUUAGGUUUUCAGAGGAAGGGGAUUCGACCAGAAGACGACAAAAUAAUAACGCAGGGAGGAUACGGGCAGAUCCUGAAGAACUGUGGAAAUAAUCAUCCCUUCUACUGUUUUUGUCUCCUCACAUGAAACAAGGAGGCGCGCGUUUGUCUUCGUUCUUUGCGUUUUGUUCCUUCCCAGACUGAGAGGACUUACACCAUCAGAGGCGAUGAGAUGUGAGUGAGCUAUGCCUUGUGGAAAUGGACAGACUUUAUCCAAGCGAAAACAUGGCGUCUGCGCACCGCGGUUUACUUUCUUUUCCAGUCUGCUUGUGGCGCUCUGCUGCCUGGAGGCAUGGGGCUCCGGGGCUCAGGGGGACGGCGGCAGGAGCUGCAGCCCGUGUCCCGUUAACUGCAGCUGUACGCUUGCGGGGCCCCAGCCGUCCUGCGUCGUCAACUGCUCCAAAAUCGGGCUGGAGAGGGCCCCAGCAGCGGCAGACGUCCCGCUCUCCACCAACGUCCUAGAUCUGUCCAAGAACCACAUCUCCUCACUUGAUACCAGCCUGCUAGAUCGUCUCACUGGCCUAAAAGAGCUGUAUCUUCAAGGGAACAGGAUCAAUGUUCUCCCCAGAGGAGUUUUCUGCUGUGGGCCUCUCUCAGUCCUUGAUUUGAGCAACAACCAAAUCACCAAAAUAGAAGAAAGGAUAUGCGACAACCUGUGCAAUUUAACUCAAAUUGAUCUGAGCAGUAACCCAUUUGUGUGUGACUGUAAGCUGUUCCGGUUGGUCAGCUGGCUCCAGGAAAAAGGCGUACGGGUUCGACGCCCACAUGCCAUGCUCUGCAACUACCCUUCUGAUCCCCGCCAACACCCCCUUAAUGACACAUGUGGUCUGAACUAUGCGGCUUGUCUCGAGGACAGCAGCAGUGGAAAUGGGGGCCGGAGCGAGCUAGUUAUCUUCUCCUCUUCUACACCUGGAAACUUCACACGUGAACAGUGUAACAGCAUGUGCUUUGGUGCGUCACACCGCUAUGGAGGGUUGGGGGCAAGACACGAGUGUCUUUGCAGCACAAACUCUGAGCCCAACUUCAUCAGCGAAUCUCAGUGUUCAGCUGCCUGUACGAACCAUCAAGUUAUGAAGAAUUGUGGGUGGACUCUGGCUCAUGAUGUGUUUGCGGUGGAGUUCUCUGUCUCACUUAAACUUCUCCCGCUGCAAAGUGUUCACGACUACGUCACUUUCUCCGCCGUCUCUUCUGUUUCGCCUGUGAUGCUAUCGUGGGACUUUGGUGACCUUUCACCUCGGGUCAAUGGUACAGGAAGAGGGAUCACUACAUCAGCUCACAAAUAUGGACUUCCAGGACGCUACGCACUUAGUUUGAUGGCCUGGGCUGGACACAAGGAGGCCCCUGCACGUGGGGAGGUAACUGUGACACUUCCUCCCAAACUGGAGCUGCAUUGUCCACCUCUGUCUGUGGCCAAUAGGAGUCUUGACAUCACACUUGUCAGCUGGGGCGCCUCAGCCCUGGAUGUUGACUGGAGGAUUGAAAAGGAUGGUGUGCAGGUUGCCAAAGCCUCCCCUCACUGUCCGAGAGAUGGGGUGUACCACAAUGAGUCCUCAAGCUGUUUCCAGAUUUUUCCAGCAGAGCUGAACUGGACCGAGGCUCGGCACAAGUGUGUGGAACACGGCGGGGAUCUGGCAAUAGUCAGGAGUGACGCUCUGCGUAACCUGCUGGCACAAGAAGUCAAACAGGAGCGAGGCGUGUGGCUGGGCUUGAGUAACGUCAACUCCACGGGCAAAUUGCGCUGGGUGAAUGGGUCAGAGGCACAGGAUGGAGAGGAGGGCCUGCCACCUCGCCCAGGGAGCCCUCGGGGGAAUGUAUGCGUAUCCCUCGAUCAGCAUGGCCAGACCAGUUCACACCUAUGCAGCGCCAAGAGGGCUUAUGUCUGCCAGUACACCUCCCAAGUGCAUGUUCCAGAUACGGGGAUCUACGUUGUGGGAAUGGCUGUCUUUCCUUUGCAUAAUCCUUUGCUCCGUGCUACAACCAGUACACUCUCCGCUCCACAUCCUCCCAGCAGAGGAAUAGAGAUGCUGCUGUUCCCUGCACUCAGCUUCGUUCAGGCAGGCCGUCUGUCCUCCUUAGAGUUUGCCUCUCAAGAACUCAUCUCACAAAUCCACGUCCGAUUCCAGACCUACAGACCUUACUGUCAUUAUCCCAGCCUGCACCUGCUGCUACCCAGUUGUGAAGGUCCAACAUGUGCUACGGUAGCUGUUUGUGUCCCCAAUGACACCAAGAGCAGUGAUCCGCAAUCUUGCCCCCGACUAGAGCAGUGGUGUCCCUUCCAAGGCAAGUGCCUGCCCCUCUCUAGUCCUUGCCAACCCUCCUCUUGCCCUAACUGCACCCGUGCUCUUCCCCUGCCACCUGGAGCCUUCAGGCCUCGAUACACUCUACAGAACGAGGUGGUCUUCACUCUGCCUGCAGGACCAGCUGCACACGUACUGAUACAAGACCAACUGGAGGACAUCCUGGUUUCACGUGGGGAUGUAAUCGCCUUGCAGCAUGAUGCUGGCCCAUCCUCCCUUCUUCGCUGCCAGUCCUCUCCACACUCACUGUGGCGACAACCUGUUUUGGCCCUUAACCAGUCAGAGUGGUUCUGGAUCAACAGCACUAGACAGUCAACAGACGCUUCAACCAACCACAGCGUGGACCAUCUGCCUGACCCGGAGCUCGACAUGAAGGCGCUGGUGGAGGAUGGCGAGGGACGCUGGCUGGAGGACGUAGCUUGCCCCAUCAGAGUGCUUUAUGUGGGACACAGUAAAAUCCAGCUGCAGGGAGCACAGCUGUCUUCUGGUCUGUCACAGCCUGGACUGUACACCAUGCUGGUGUCUUCUGCUGAGCCAUCAUACCCAACCUCAGCAUCAUGCCUGUUGCGAGUGGUGCCACCUCUAGGCCUGACGAUCCUGCACCCACUUCCCCGUAAUGGUACCAUAUACCUGCAGCCCAACGACACCCGGCUUCUGCUGCGCGUGCAGUCUCGCUACAUAACAAUGGCAUCUCAGCGUGGCAGCAAUCACAGUGUGACUUUCCAGCGUGAAUGUCCCCCGGAGUUUUUGACCAGUCCGGCACUCUAUCAGCCAGGUCUGAGCUCAGGGCCCGGUCUCGAGGUUGCAGAGCUUAGCCUGUAUGCGCUGCUGGAUCUGAGCCUGGAUUCGGAGGAACGGAAAGGUCCAGUGCAGGUGGAGCUGGAAGCCCACAAUAAUGUCACGGAGGCCAGCCUGAUGGCCAUCGUUCACAUAGAAGAGCCGCUCAGAGGACUGAAGGUGCAACCGCAUCCUGCACACAGGGUAUUGAUGGAGUCGGUUGUGAGUUACACAGCAUCAGUGCUUGAAGGCUCCAGUCCCACAUUUAAAUGGACAGUUGAUGACAAGCCUUACUUCACCUAUUACAACACUGUUCUCAAUGUCAUCUACCAGCACGCCGCUAUCUACAAGCUCACAGUGACAGCCAUGAACCAUGUCAGCACACUUACCGAGCAUUUCAACGUAACCGUGGACCGGCUGCAGCCCAUGGCCAACCUCACAGUCAAAGGUGUGCCAGAUGUUGUCCCUCAGGGCUCCACUCAGACUCUCACCACCUCUGUGCUCGUGGACAUGUCUGUGGCGGCCACCUUUCGAUGGUCUUUUGGUGAUGGUGGAUAUAAGGAAUUUGAAUACAAGCCUCCUUACCCUCCCUCCCUUCUCUGCCCAGACUCCUCUAAUCAAAUUCUUCUAAGCAACAACAUCACCUAUGUGUACUCUCAGCCAGGAAUAUACACAGCGCUGGUGUCAGUGUCCAAUCGUUACGAGAAUGUCAGUCAGAGCAUCAACAUGAGCGUCUACAGCAUCCUCACUCAAGUUGUCAUACAAACAGAGCCGCGGCUUCUGCUCGCUGGCAAAUCAGCUGACUUUGAGGCUCACCCACUGCCAUCACCAUAUGGCAUUCACUAUGACUGGCACUUUGGAGAUGGUUCUCCCCCACUACAAGGUCGACGUGUGGCGCAUACCUUUGCGCAGAGUGGCAACUUCAGUGUCUGUGUAUCAGUGAACAACACCAUCAGUUCGAGAAAUGCUUGUGCUGACAUGUUUGUAUAUGAGGAGAUUGAAGAUCUAACAGCAGAAAGUUCUUCUCCCACAGAGCUUCACAGUCCUACAACGGUGUGGGCACGUCUUGCUUCUGGUAAUAACAUCACAUGGACAUUCUCGAUGGGUGACAACACCGUCUAUACCACGUCUGAACCUUUCAAGUCACACAGCUACAUCAAAGACGGCAACUACACAGUAAACGUGACUGCCAUGAAUGCGGUGAGCUCUGGCUGGACAAUCAUUCCAGUUCAAGUGUUUGUCUUCCAAGUUAUAAGGAUGGAGCCAUCUGGUUGUGUUCAAGAACGGACUACUGUGAACUUUCAAGCCUGGGUGUCUGGUAAUGCAUCAGUUCAUCAUUAUAAAUGGAGCUUUGGGGACGGAAGCCCCAAUGAGACACAAGUUGGCAACCCUAGUGUCUCGCACACGUACUUGACAAGUGGUAACUACCGCCUCUCCCUGCUCCUUUCCAGUGGGGUCAACAAGGCCACCAAAGCCAAUUUCUUCAACUGGGUGUGCGUGCAGCCGGUUUUGACCAAAAUUAACCUUACCAUUGAGAAAUACCAUUAUGCUGUUGGAGAAAAAAUACAUUUUCAAGUAAGGGCGGAGCCAGAAUUCAACUACAGCUAUCAGUGGGACUUUGGUAAAGAAGAAGACCCUGUAGUAAUCCAUGGUUCUGGGAAUGCCCUGACAACCUAUAAAACCCCGGGUCAUUAUAUAGUGACAGUAAAUGUUUUUAAUAACAUCUCUACCAGUAACACUAGUGCCCUGAUUGAGGUUCUGAUGCCCAUUGGACCAGUUGUUAUCCAACAUAAUGGCACAAAAUCCAAUAACCUCACACGUGGAGCUACAUACAUGUUCACGACUUCUUCCUUGGCCUCCAGUGUCACAUACAUUUGGGAUUUUGGAGAUGGAAAUGUGUUUAAUGGACAGAAUCCCGUCCAUAGGUACAGCAUCUCUGGUAACUACAAUAUCACACUGAAAGCAAACAACAUGGUUAGCCAGAAUGACACAGUUUUGCCUGUUACUGUGCUUGCACCAAUCCGUGGGCUGACGGUGAACGCCAGCUUGGUAAAUGUUCCUCUCAAUGCCUCAGUCCACUUUGAGGCCCAAAUGGAGGAGGGAGAUGGUGUCCGGUUCUCCUGGAUACUGUGUGAUCGCUGCACUGCAAUCCCAGAGACGAACACUACAUUCUACACCUUCCGCUCUGUUGGAACGUUUAACAUCAUUGUGAUUGCUGAGAAUGACGUAGGAACGGCACAAGCGAGUAUCUUCCUGUUUGUCCAACGUGAGUUGGAGGGGCUGCAAAUUCUCGCAGAUGAAAUCGCUGAAGGUGGAGGCACAGGAUUGGAAGGUUGUUGCUUUUCUACAAACCGUGUUCUGCACCUUCAUGCAGGAUUAAAGGAAGGUACCAACAUGACCUUCUCUUGGAGCAUCAUCAGAGAGCUAGACCCCGAAAGCUCAUUUAACAUAAGUGGGAAGACUGUAGAGCUGAAUUUCUCCAAGCCAGGACCAUGUGACAUCAUUCUCCGUGCAGCCAACCUUCUGGGCCAGCUGUCUGUCAACAGAACCAUCUAUUUCCUCGAGCCAGCAGGAGGUGUGCACCUGCAGGUCAGCAACAACCCAGUUGCAGUCAAUGCUUCAACAAACCUAACAGUAGUGACUACUGAGGGUUCAGACUUGCAGUACCGCUGGUCGAUUGAUGGGGACAGUCUGCUGCAGAACAAGCCCUGGUUGACCCACGUCUUCAACAGUCAUGGACAAAAACAAGUGACCGUGGAGGUUUUCAAUGAAGUGAGCUCAGAGGUUGCAUCACAGAUGAUCAAUGUCCAGGAAGUCAUUUCUGGUCUGUGGUUUUCAGUUACAAAUGUGACUAAUCAGAGUUACGUGGGAACAGGCGUAAAUGUCUCACUUCGGGGAGAGGCACUGACAGGAACUGAUGUGACGUGGACAUGGCUGCUGGAUGGAAGAAUAGAAACUGGGAGGCAAACAUCUCUGAUUUUCCAACAGCCAAAGACAGCAAUUAUUACUCUGAAUGCCACCAAUGAUGUCAGUGGGCAAGUGGCUUCCAGGGAGUUCUUUGUUCAGGACAGGAUACAAGGGUUGGAGCUGAAGGCAAGCAAGAAAUUUGUAGCAGUUUAUGAAAGGGUGGACUUCACCAUUUCCAUGGUAGCAGGGACAGACGUCAGUUUGAUCCUCACCAUCAGCGGUGAUGUCACUAUCUUCCCUCAGCCAAACCAAACCUACAGCCACUUGUUCACCAGGGUGGACAAGUACAUGGUGAAUCUCACCGCUUACAACCAGGUGGGUUUCAAGAAGCACAAUGUCCAGAUCGACGUGAUUGAACCUGUGCGCGGCCUUACCAUCCAGGGAUGCUGUUCAGCUAUCCCAGUUGGUGAAAAGAAGUUGUUUGUGGCCAACAUCGUGACGGGCAAACCCGUCAGUUUCCUAUGGACUUUUGAUCUGCACCACAAGAAGUUACCAUGUGUCGGCAAAGAGGUGAACUACACGCCAGAGGAACCAGGUAUAUUGACCAUCUACCUGAAGGCCAUUAACAACCUGCAACACCAGGAAAUCACCAAGCACAUACUGGUGCAGAACCUGCUGAGGAGUGCAGUCCUGCAUGCAUUACCAUGGGACACUUUCAUCAAUAAGACGGUGACCCUGAGAGUCACUGUCACACCAAGAUCCCCUGUGGAGUGCUCGUGGGACUUUGGGGAUGGUUCUAUGCCAGUUCACACCAACACCACAAAUGUGGAUUAUGCGUACAGCCAUCCGGGGCACUACUUGGUCCAAGUAAACUGCAGUAACCUGGUGAGCUGGGUGCCGGCCCAGGUGGAGGUAAACAUCCGUGUACUAGAGUGCGAGGAGCCAGAAGUGCAUGUGGUUCAGUCCCCUCGUCUGUCUAUCUGGCGCUCCCAGUCUGCUUUGUUGGAGGCCAGUGUGGACUUGAAAGGCUGCGUACGCUAUGGAGCUCAGUACCUCUGGGAGAUUCUCUCAGCAUCCUCCUGUGAUAAUAACAUGGUGAAAGGCCAAGUGAUUCGUCUGCCGAUGGAAGUGGAUUUGAGGCGGCUGCAGCUGUCUUUGCCUAAGAUGGCUUUGGCAGCAGGGAACUACUCCUUGGUGUUCACUCUGUCCUACAAAGGUGUGCCGCUAAGGAAAGCCGCCUCUCUGCAACUCAACGUCAUGGCUGCCAGGCUCGUGCCCAUUAUUGAAGGUGGCACGUACCGGGUGUGGUCGAGGACACAGGACCUGCUGCUCAGUGCAGAAAAGUCGUACGACCCCAACAUGGAUCCAGACAGUCAGUCACGGCUCGUCUACCGCUGGGAGUGUGAAAGCAGUUAUACAGUACGGGCGGACAUGAAGCAGGAGAGUCCAGAGCACUGCUCUAGUCUGAACUUCAGCCUGGGCUCCAAUGUUCCUGUGCUGGGAAUCUCAGGCUCUGACCUCACGGUAGACGUCGAGUACGUUUUCAAACUGACCAUCAGCAAAUCUUGCAUGGCACCAGAGUUCACCAAACAGACUGUGUACAUCCAGAGUGGCCACAUUCCCACGGUGUUCCUGGAGUGUGUGUCCUGUAAGGCGCAGUCCAUUUACGAGGUCAGCCUGAACUCAUAUGUCUAUCUCAGGGGGACCUGCACCAACUGCGAGGGCUUUCACCGCGGGCGCUGGAGUGCCAAGACACUGCAGAAUGAGACUCUGGUCCUGGACUCCACAUCCACCACCACAGGAAGUGACGGCAUGAAUUUGGUGCUGCGGCAGGGCGUCCUGCGGCAUGAAGAUUCCUACACCUUCACCCUGCAUGUGACCGACAGCACUCUGGACGGCGAGGGCGUCGCCUCUAUCACACUGUCCCAUAAUAUGCCCCCAGCAGGUGGAGAGUGCCACCUGAGUGUGGGAGGGGAAGGCAGAGUUGAGUAUGAAGUUGGGGACGGUGAAGGGUGGAGGAUACGCACGCUGCUGGACCGAGUUCACUUCAACUGCUCAGGUUACAGUGAUCUGGGGGACUCAGAAACCCCUUUGCUGUACAGUCUGCUGGUGAUGCGCUGCAAAGGAGACUACUGUGAGGACUUCUGCGUGUACAAAGGCAGCAGCCCGGACCACACUGCCUUCCUGCCUCCAGGCUUCAGCACGGCCCAACACCGUGUGAACGUGUCCAUCACAGUGGAAGACCACCAAGGAGCUGCCAUCAUGGCACUAAACAAAUCCAUUGAGGUUGUAAUCCCUGAUCCACCCCCUGAGUACAACAGUCUUCCCCACUGGCUGUUCGAGCUGACCGACACCAAACUCAAAACACUGCUGGAGCAGGGAGACUCCCAGAGGGUCAGAGAGUUAUCACUGGCUCUUAUUACAGUCCUAAAUGAGUAUGAGCAGACCAGGGAGUCAACACGGGUGUCAAAAGAUGAGCGCAGUUACAGAGCGAGAGUCCGCAGCAACAUCACCAGAGCUCUGACAGCUCUAGACCUGACUACUGUCAACGACAUCCAGCAGACAUCAGCUGCUCUGGCACAGUGCACGGCGGUGAGUCGAGAGUUCAUCUGUGAGGAGUGUCAGAACAGCACUCUAAACAAGCUGGAGUCCAUGCUGGAGAUUCUGCAGACAGACACCAAACAGGGCACUGUCACCCCCACUGAGAUAGCUGACAACAUCCUGAACAUCAUGGGUGGUCUGAUCCACCAGGUCAGCCAGACAGCCUCCCACUCCUACCUGCAGCCCACCUACCUGGAUUCCCCCUCAGCCCCCUCCACCUCGUCCUCUGGUGAGGCGCAUGGGAACACCCUUUUGGAGGCCUCGCCCUCCUCGCUGGAGCCACACCCUCUGCGCGUGGCAGCCAAGGCUUACAGCCUGUCCUCGGUCCUCAUGCUGAUCCUCAUGCACGCCCGCGUGCUCAACGAGGAGCCGCUCAUACUGAGGGGACCUGAGAUCGCUGCCACAGGAAAACUAGCAGAUCCCCAGAGUCUGCUCUGCUACCAAGGCAACAACAGUCCAGAGUGCCAGCGCUUCUCCAUCCCCAGAGCUUUCAACAAAAGUCUUGGAAGAGCUGCUGCAGGAAACAGCAUCAUGCAGCUGCUUUUUCAGGUGGAGUCUAACCCUUUCCCGUUCAACUAUGUGGAAAACUACAACAUCUCAACGGAGGUGGCAUCCAUGGAGUUUCGCACUGAAAACGGCACCCAGAUCCCAAUCUCUGGACUUGACGAUAGUCUAGCCAUCACUGUUGCUGUUAAGAAUGGCAGCAGUGGCGAAGUGGGUGCUGAGGGCUCUGGCUCUGGUCGAGUCCCUCCCGCUGGAGCUGUUAACAUCAGCCACUGUGACUCUGUUAUCGUCCGGGUCAGCACAGGAAACAACAACAGGCAGGCAGGGCUGUUUGUGCAGCUGAACUUCACCUCUUUAGAUGAUUCAAGAGAGAAGGAUGAAAGGGAGAAGGACGAGGAGGAGCCGUACAUCACCGCCUACCUGCACUCCCACGAGCAGCCGAACGAAUUCAACUGCACGUACAAAAAGCGCAUCAAACUCAGUAUGACCAGGGGACAAGAUCUUGACCACAGGAAAUACACCUUCUUCCUGUCACCAGAGUCCUACGACACAACCCUGGACUAUUUCAUCAACGUGAGCACAUCCUGCAGCCAGUAUUCUCAGCCUGUUGGCGUUCAUCUGGAGGUCGGCGUUUUUGCGUCUCUGUGUCAGUACUUCAGUGAGAGUGAGAAGCAGUGGAGGACAGAUGGCAUGGUGCCCCUGGCAGAGACCACCUCCAGCAAAGCAGUUUGCCGCACCAGACACCUCACUGUAUUCGCCGCUGGGCUGUUUGUACCACCCAACGCCAUCAGCUUCAAAGCACCAGAGCGUUCAGGCGCACCCAGUCUGGUGGUGCUGCUGGUGUGUGUACUGGGCUUGCUAAGCUACGUGGUAGCGGCGGCCAUCCUGCACAAGCUGGACCAGCUGGAUCUUCGCCGGGCUGGUGUGGUUCCACUCUGUGGCCAAGAUGGACUAUUUAAGUACGAGGUCCAGGUGAAGACUGGGUACAGCAGAGGGGCAGGCACCACGGCUCAUGUGGGAAUCAAUUUAUAUGGACGGGAGAGCCACAGUGGACACCGUCAUCUGGACAGCAGAGAAGCUUUCACUCGCAAUGCUCUCGACAUCUUUCAUAUUGCCACAGACACCAGCCUGGGUAGUGUCUGGAAAAUCCGGAUUUGCCACGACAAUAAGGGUUUGUCUCCUGCGUGGAUGCUACAGUAUGUCUUGGUAAAAGACCUGCAGACGGGAAGCAGCUACUACUUCCUAGUUGAGGAGUGGCUCUCCGUUGACAAUGAGAGAACUGGUGGACAGGUGGAAAUUGAGGUGGAGGCCUCUGAGGAGGCUGUACUUCGUCAACUGCCUCGUCUCCUGAGGUGUGAGCUGCAGAGGGCGCUCUGCGAGAGUCACCUGUGGCUGUCACUGUGGGACAGGCCUCCCCGGAGUCCCUUCACCCGCCUGCAGAGGGCCACAUGCUGUGCUGUGUUACUGCAGCUCUUCAUAUUGGCCAACACUCUGUGGUACAGCAUUGUAGUGGACAAAAGAUACAGCCCGAGGGCCGUGGCUCGGUUAUCUUCAUUAAACGGAGAGACAGUGGCGGCCGGCGUGGUGACCUGUCUGAUCGUCUACCCUCUCUACUUGCUCGUCUUCACUCUCUUCAGAAUGAGCCGCAGCAAGUGUGUGACUGUCGAGCAGUUACCACCACAAGUGGACCAGGAGUCCGUGGAGAUCGAUGACUUCCUGGACAACUCCAUGGCAGGAAGCUCCUUUCUCUUUUUUAACGGCGAGACCAACUCAGAGGAAACCAAUGUGGAUCUGCCCACUCCAUCAACCAAAAGUGAGGAGAGCUGGGACAUGGAGGAGGAGACAGAGGACAGGGAUUGGCCGGAGCCACUGAGUGACGUGUCUGUGGUUGGAGGGGCGGGGCACGGAGCAGGGCUGCCCAGGCUAAAGAGGGGUCAGGGUAGCAGGCACCUGGGCGUCGACAUGAACUUUAACCCUGAUGAUGACGAGGACACCGAACAACCUGGCAAAUAUUUCACCUCUUCUGAUGAGGAUCUUAUCAAGCACAUACUGGCAGAUGGACAGAACUUCUUUCCUCAGGCAGAUGAAAGCGAGAUGGCUGAUCUGUCGAGUCUACUGGAAGAUAAGACGGAAGUGAUUCUCCUUCAGAAGUCGAGUGAGCCUCUUCCUCUGGAGUCUGUCAGAAGAGACCCGCCAAAAACUGCUUUCACCUCCACUGCAGUCGUGACGGACGUGUGUCGUCCCAGGCGGUUCCCUCCCUGGUGUGGACGUGCCGCCCUUUGGGGCAGCUGGGCAGUGAUCACGCUGGCCAGCAGUGUUUCAAUUUGGGCGGGCCAUGGGUUCAGUCAAAAUGUGGCCAUGAUGUGGUUAAUCUCCUGUUUUGCCAGUUUGCUGUGCUCUUGCUUGCUGUUGGAGCCAAUUAAGGUGGUGUGUGAGGCACUUUACUACGCAGUGAGGGUGCGUCGUUUGCGUCCAGAGGACCAAGACGUGCUGGUGGAGUUCCCCCGCGUGGAGCGAGUGGUCCAGCGGGUCUCCAGGGUGAGACCACCACACGGCUUUGGUCUGUCUAAGGCCCGACAUCAGGCCCGCAAGGUCCACAUGCUGCACACCAUGCUGAAGAAUUUCCUGGUUUACACGUUUUUCCUGCUGGUCGUUUUACUUCUCAACUAUUCUGACUCGGCCAAAGACACUCACAGUCUGAGACUGCGCACACAGCUGCAACGAGCCCUGCAUACGCCCGAGUACCACAACAUCAGCAGCCGAGGUGAUGUUCUUGCGUGGCUGAAUGAGUCCCUGUUGCCACGGCUACUGGAUGAGUCUGCCCUCUUGAAACACACAGGCAGCGUGUUACUUGGCACGCUGAGGCUCCGGCAAAUACGUGAGGCACAGGGUGGUUUCAGGGCAGGACUUCGGUCGUCUGUUUGGGGAAAGGGCUUGGUGACAGUUCCACCAAAUGGCACGGAGAAUGUCAACGAUUUUGGUGCUAUUUAUGCAGAUCGGGUGGGGCGUUUGGGUCAGAUGGGAGCAUAUAACAGCAGAGAUGUGGUUCACCAGCUGAACAGAAGCCUGGAGGAGGCCUCUUCUUCAUUACAGCAGCUGCAGCAGCUGCACUGGCUCGACCACAGGACUCGGGCUGUGUCCGUGGAGUUCUCUCUCUACAACAUCAACACAAACCUCCUGGCUGUCUUUUCCUUCUUGUUUGAGUUCCCAGUUUCAGAGCGUGCCGAGUCGAGCUUUGACCUACUUGUCAUCACUUUGUGGCCAAUCACAGGCCUGGACCUGCAGCUUCUUCUCAUGAUCAUCCUCAUCGCUCUGGUGUUGUAUUUCCUAAUGCGGGGGAUCUUGGGAUUCCUCAGAGAAGGUUACAGGUACCUGCUCUCGGCCUGGAGACUCCUGGGUAUUUGUAAAUUGUCUCUGGCUGCGUCCGUGUGUGGGCUACAUCUGCGCCGCUGCGUCAUGGCCAAGCAGCAGUGGGCGUUGUACCUGAAGCACCCACUGGACGCCUUCACGGACUUCUACCCUCUGGCCAGGCAGAGUCAAAUGUACACAGUCAUGUCUGCCAUGCUGCUGUUCAUACUGGUGCUCAAGGCUUCCCACCAGUUGCGGUUUCUCAGAGAGUGGGCCGUGUUUGGCAGAGCUCUGCGACGCUCGGUCUGGGAGCUGCUGGGAGUCUCCGUGGCAUUACUGCUGUUGAUGAUGGCUUACUCGCACACAGGACACCUGCUCUUCCACUCUGUGUUGGACGGCUACGGCAGUGUGACCUCCACCUGUCUGUCUCUGUUGGGGGCCGGUGGCCGAGGCCUGUUGUCGUGGCGUCCCACCAUCACCGGCCCCUCCAGUACUUUCUCCUCACUGGUGUUCCACUUGAGCUUCACCGUAUUUCAGCUGGUGCUGCUCUGGCUGGUCAUCUCUGUGUUGUUGAGGAACUACCGGCGUGCACGAGCGGAGCUGUACCGCCCAGCUGUGGAUCUUCAGGACUAUGAGAUGGUGGAACUCUUCCUAAGACGACUCAAAAUGUGGAUGGGACUCAGUAGGGCCAAGGAGUUUCGUCACAAAGUGCGUUUCGAAGGCAUGGAGCUACCACCGUCCCGUUCAUCCUCCACCAGCGACUGCAAGUCUCUGUGCUUGCCCCCGCUGGACAGACCAGACUCUCCAGCAACACCCGACAGCGUUGAUGCUGGUUCUGAGGCCUCGUGGCGCCCAGCCUCCUCCAGCCCCUGCAGCCUAACAGAAGCCCCUGGGAUCAGCCUGGGGCUGGGCCUGGGGCAUGGGCCGGGAAUGGUUGUGGUGGGAGGACUCGGCUGGAGGGAGAGAGGAGAGACUGAACUCUCUCUGCAGAGGCUCCUGCCCACCCUGGACAGCCUGCUGCAAAAGCUGGACCGCGUCACAGUGGCUACAGAGGAUCUGUACUACAUGGAGUGUAGACUGGAGCAAGCCCACAGGAUAAAGAGGUGUAAAGCGAAGGAAAGAGGAGACGAUGAUCAAGGAGGUAGGAGCGAGGCAAGACAGAGAGGGAAGGUGGAGGAUAAAGACUGGAGAGAACAGAAGAGUGCCAAAGAAAUGCGCAAAGGGAAAAGGAAGGGGGAAAAGUCAGAUAAACGUGACCCUCCAAAAGAGUGUGGGAGCACUGCAAAUGCCAGAAAGACUCCUGUAGCCACACUUGCUCCCUUUCUGAAGGCCAGACCCGCCCCCACCUCUCAGUCAGCAGUCAAACCCUCAGUCAGUGCUGCUCCACCCACACCGGUCUCGGAUAAAUCUGAUCCCUCCUCUCUGCCCGUGAUGUCGGCAAACGCUCCCUCUUCCCUUGCCACGUCGCCCAGAGCGCCUCCCAGCACCCGCGCACCCACUCCUUCCCUGACAUCUACUCCUGGCCCCACAGCCGUCACCCGGGACUGGGACCCUCCCGCUGAGAGAGAGACACUUCCCUCCUCAAGCCUGUUCAACCACCCAGCCCACACCACCACCAUCCCUACGCGCAAGAGGAAACGCAAACCCCCUCCCCUCAAAAACAAGGUGCAUCCGACUUAAACAGACUCUGCUCCUGGAAAGAAGGACUGCAGAAGUGAAAGGUAGAGCAAGAAGAACGCGGGAGCAAAAGGCUGGGUUAAGGACGACAGGGGGACUGGGACAGCCGGUUUUGUUCCCAGAUGCCCCUCUCUAAACCCAGGGAAAGGGGAAAAAAAAAAAUAAUGGACGGGGAAAGUAAAAGGACAAAUUAUAGGAAAGGAACAAGAGGUUCAGGGUAGUGAAAGAUGAACAGAGGGCGAUAAAGUCUGUCCAAACCCCAAGUCUCAUAAAAACAGGGUGCAGGUCACCAGAUGCUAACUGAGCAGGUUAGGGGAAGAAAACUCGAGAAUGAAAGAAAAUCCCCCGGACCAAAUACUGGCCGUGCGUUGCCCUGGAGGCCGUGCACGGUCAAUGACAAGAGCACAGAAAGGUGCUCACCAGAGGACUCGAUGAACUGAAAGCAAACUAUGCAAAGAGACUUUUUGUGUAUCUAACAAGAAAACGUUUUGGUUUCUCAGUUAUGUUGUUUGUCUACGUAAUUUUUUUUUUUUUUUGUCUCGUACGUUGGUCACCAUGGGUGCUCGUGGCCUGGCCUAGUCAUGUCUCAUGAACCCAAACUUGCUUGCAGUCACACACAGAUAUACGCACAUGCAGGUAUACACAGAGACGACACUGUAGACACGUAUCCGCAAAUGGCAGCGCGUCGUACACUUCAGCCCACUGAGAGAAAACACACACACACACACACAUGCACACAGUGCUGUUGGGAUCCCAGCAGCCAGUUCUUCAGGGUGCAGUUGAGGCCGUCCUCUUGAGAGACACGUGGAGGAGGAAGUUGGCAGAAGCGAAGGACUAGGCAGAGUGGUGACAAGGUUGUAGCGCAAAGUUGUAGGAGGGUAAAGAAAAUGAUGACGGAUGAAAGAUAAGAAAACAGAGUUAGUCUUCACCAACACAGUACUGAAUAUUUACACAAGUUCUCCCAUUAUAAAGCUACAUUGAUCGGUGUGAUUAUUUUCCUAAAUGUUUUUAUUAUUUUUGUGCGUGUGUGUGUGUAUGUUCAUUAUGGAGGAGAUUUAAAAGCACUUUUAUUCUGAUGUAGAUUGUGUGUUUUUUUGUUUGUUUUUUAAUGAGGUGUGGCGUAAAGUAAUAAGCUUGGUAUCAAAAACCAAUAGAGAAAGCUUCACUCAUACUGUAUUUUAACUAUAAGCCAAAGCUUUUGCAUCAUUUAUGCAUCCUGAGUUUUUGUACCAAGUAAUUCAUUCAUGCAUUCAUUCAUUUUGUACUUGCACUUUAUUCUCUAAUGGAGCUGAUAUCCAACACCGUAUUUAACUCAUGUGUCAAGUCGUAUCCUUACAGCUACUUUAUAGAAACAUCUUCGUAAGUAUUAUCAAGGUAUUGAAGCGAUAGCUAGUGGUUGUUUGUCCAUUUGUUUGCUCUUUGCUGUUUUUGUCUUUGUUUUGAUCAACAUGCGCACUUCCUGUGUCCAGUGGGCAGAUCUCAGGGAACCCACCUUUUCCUUAAAACCUGGAAAGCGAUCCAGGUUUUAACCAAAACUGGUGCAAAAUAAGUGUUUAUAGUUGGUGAUAUAUUUGGGACUUAAAAUAUGCCACUUUGAUCACCUCCUGGCUUCUUCUUUCCCCUCAGCUAGGCUCAAGAAUGUGUACUGCAUUGUCUUUGGCAUCCUAUUUAAUGAUAUGUAAGAAAAGGUACUUAUGGGCCCCUUUUAACCCCUUUUCCCAGCAAACACCACUGUUGCAGAUCACAAAGUAAACCGUUAACACCUUAAUGGGUUUAUUUUGACAGCUUUUUCCAAUCCAUUUUCCCCAUGGCGCUCUUAAAAUGAAAAACACCUUCUCUUCUGUGUGUGUACAUUUGUGUAUAUAUCGGGGCUUUAUGAUGUAUAUAAUGUAUUUUUGCUUUUCGUGAUCAGUAUUGUUGCAGCGACAUGCGCGUAGGUCAAGCACUGUUGAGGCAAACUCCAAAGUGUUACAUUUCUCUGGUCUAACUGAAGCACUACAACCAAAGCUAUUAAUAUAUUUCAUCAUUAGCAUUUACAAGAUGCCAAGUAGAAACCACCGGAAGCUCAGCAGUGGCAGAUAGUUAGCGCCUCCUUUAAACCCUCCUGCUGUGUGUUUAGCAGCUUAGUGGCAAAGCCGGCCCAUGAGUCUUCCAGCUGUCUACUGUUGUAUGCUGCGUUUUGUUCUAAAACAGUGUUGCAGGUUUGUGUUCAAAGGUAUUUGUCAGCGCUUGUUUUGUAUCUCAUAUCUGUACUUUGCAGUUGUAGCACUUCCCAUGCUUUUGCACUUGACAAAGUCAAAUAAAGAGUUUGACAGCUGGACUCGGAA